AGUACUUUGAGUUGCGGAGCUGAAGUCUGCCCUAAAAUCAGCCAUGAACUGGUAGAACAGGCUAGCAGGGCUGAAUGGCCUCUAAUUCAAUCAGUCCCUUUCUAUACAGCAGGAGUAUGCCUGUCCUAUCCUGCCCCGCCGAGGGAGGUGUGCAAUGCUGGCUUUGGGUCACCCACAAAGCUUCCUAUUUUAACACCCAGAAAGUGACUGAACAGGCAGGCAGUGGAUGCUCUUGGGCGAGGAGUAGCACCGAAGGGCUGAAUGGCCUCCCGUCAUAAGACGGAAUGGUCGAAUCCCCGAGUCACAUGCGAUACCCGGGAACCAAUGGCUGAGCAGCCGUCUUCCCCUUGCGACUUGCUUCCGCAUUCGUGAACGUGACGGAGGGGUGGGAAUCCCCUUCAUUGUUCCGAUAUAUCGCUGCUGCGUCACACAGGGGCUGUAAUACAACGCAUUCUAGGGGGAACCCUACCACCCUUACCCCCUCCUAUCACUCCAUUCAGCUCCCGGGGGCUGGGCCAGUCUGUCUUCCUGUUGCAGUGUUCCCCUCCGGCUCUUCCAUCAAAAGGUGCAGGCAUGGACCCAGACGUCUCUCUCAUGGCCCACUGCCCGCCCACAGGGGGGCUGACUCAAGAGCAGGUCCAGGUGGAGAUUUCGGCUGAGUAUAACCGCCAGGUCCUCCACAGCCACGAGCAGAAGAUCGCUGCCAUCUGGCAGCAGAGGAAGCAGGAGAAGCCGUGGCUGUUCAACGGAGCCAAGUUCCGCAUUCACUCGGCCCAGCUGGAGGGCGGGGAACUGCUGCUGCUGAGACUGGGCCUGACCUGCUACAAGGACUACCUGGGCACAAACUGGGCGCCCGAGGCCCGGCUCCUGCAGGAGCGGGGCGUGGCAGACUUUGGCGACAGCCAGGCCUACCUGGCAGAGCCGCUGGGGGUCGGCGCCAUGCUUCACACGGCCGACGACUGCUUUGUGUUCCUGAGGAGGAGCGAGCGGGUUGCUGAGGCAGCAGCGCAGGUGGACAUUCCGGGAGGACACGCAGAACCCAAGGCAGCCGUGAAAGGAAUUCCGGAAGAUUCCAUUCAGGUGCAACACUUGUCGGGGGAGCUGGUGGUUCAGGAAAUAUUUUCCUCCAUUCUGGGCGAGAUCCGAGAUGAGGUCAAUGUUCCUCUGGAAAGUUUAAGCAGACCUUUGCUGCUGGGAAUUGCAAGGAAUCACAGAAGCGCAGGACGGCCCAGUGCGGAGUUUUAUGUCCGGUGUAAGCUGACGUCGGAGGAGGUGAGGCAGCGCUAUCUCAUCGGAGGAGUUGAGGCCCAUGAAUCGACCAGCAUCAGCUUUGUCAAGCGUGAGGACGUCCUGAAACUGGAGGAAGAUGCGGAAAGCUGGCAAGAGCUGUGCCCGUCAGCCAAGGGCGCCGUCAAGCUCUACACACUCGUGCGCCCCUCCUGGGCAUCUUGAACCCUCUCCGAGCAGAACUGGAACUGUGACACUGGACCUUCAAUACUGAGUUGGGAAACGGCAUGCUCUAGGAAAGCACAAAGUACAAUGGACAUGUUUCUGGGCAUCGGAAUCUGUCGGUUUGUCUCUCUCUGUCUCUGUGUGGUGGGGGGGGGGGUUGGUGAACGCGGUAUACAUUGUCUCCAGGAUCUGUGCUGCUCGAGCCAGCUGAGUGGUAAGGAGGCCAUUCAGUCCGUUGUGCCUGUAUCGGGGAAGAGAUGGGCAGGGUAGCAUCGGGAGUUGGCUCACGGACAGAGCCAGCGCAGUAACGACAGAGGGGCCGAAUGGCCACUUCCUGUGAUGGAGCCAUUCUCUGAUUGUGACAGAGUGAAGGGGUAACAAUAACCGAGGGUGGCCAGUACAUCGGGUUAGAGCUGUGGAAACUCAACAUCAAUUAAAGAAUCUGCAUUCACAUAGCACCGUGCCUGACCUCAUUGCAUCCCGAUGGUGUGCUUCAUCAAGUGGAAACUGUGUCCCUAACCCCAGCCCCCUCACGCACUCUUCGCUCUCAUUAGUUUCUGUCAGUCAUGAUCUACCCUCAUUUCUCAGUGGGCUAAAGGGUCCUGAGCUCAACUGCUGGCCCCACAAGGCAGGAGGGUAAUUGCUGAGGAAUUGGCGGGGGAGAGGGAAGGGAGUUGGCAGCCCAUGGCUGCCCCUACUGUGGCUCAAGGAGGCAGCUCAUUGCACCCCUCCUCCCCCCUUUAACCAGGGGCUAUUAAGGAGGGGCAAUGUAUUUAUGUAAGGGGUUUAAUGGGAAAGAAAUAUUCCGCAAAGCACGUGGAGGGCAAAUUGGAGUUUGCUGGAGUCU